AUUGAUCUUUUACACAUGCUUUCAGGGGAGAGCCAAAAUGCUGGUACAGUGUCCCUGGUAAUGAUGCCUGUGCUUUUGAAAAGGUAAUGCAAGAUAGUCUUCCCGAUUUGUUUGAUGCACAGCCAGAUCUAUUGUUUCAGCUCGUCACAAUGCUGAAUCCAUCUGUCCUCCUUGCGAAAAGGGUUCCAGUUUACAGCAUUAUACAGGAGCCAGGGAACUUUGUCAUCACUUUUCCCCGAUCUUAUCAUGGAGGCUUCAACUUUGGUUUGAAUUGUGCCGAGGCAGUCAAUUUUGCUCCUGCUGAUUGGCUACCUCAUGGUGGUUUUGGAUCAGAGCUUUACCGUCGUUAUCACAAAGCUGCUGUACUCUCUCAUGAUGAGCUUCUGUGUGUAGUAGGAAAGGGUGAAUUUGAUAGCAGAGUAUCAACUUACUUGAAAAAGGAAUUGGUUAGGAUACACAAUAAAGAGAAAACUUGGAGAGAGAAGCUUUGGAGAAAUGGCAUCAUUAGAUCUUCUCCUAUGUCACCUCGAGAGCAGCCUGAGUAUGUGGGUACUGAAGAGGAUCCUACAUGUGUCAUCUGCCAACAAUCAUUAUAUCUAUCUGCUGUUGCUUGCAACUGUAGACCACCAGCAUCUGUUUGCCUGGAGCAUUGGGACCGCCUUUGUGAAUGCAAGCCUAACAAACUUUGCCUAUUUUAUCGUCAUACGCUGAAAGAAUUGAAUGAUUUGGUGCUUAGAACUGAUAAAACUAAUUCUGAAGAGACAAGUGGAGAUUCACAAAGCGUUCUGUGCUGGGAAAAAACAGUAACUUUGGCGAAAAAGGCAAAAGGUGGUCAUGUUACGCAUCUGCAGCUUGCCGAAGAAUGGCUUCUAAGGUCACAUGAGGUUCUCAAGAAUUCGUACGACAAGGAUGCUUAUGCAAGUGCACUGAAGGAAGCUGAACAAUUUCUUUGGGCUGGUUCUGAAAUGGAUCACGUGCGGGACAUGGCAAAGAACAUAAUUGAAGCUCAAAAUUGGGUAGAAGCUGUAAGAGAUUGCCUUUCUAAGGUGAAAUUGUGGUCAUGCAAUCGGAACCAUGACACAGAGAGAGUGCGGAUGGAACAUGUUAAGGAGUUGCUGAAGUUAGGCAAUGUUCCUUGCAAUGAGCCCAGCCAUCUUCAGUUGAAGGAAUAUCACCAAGAAGCUAGUAAGCUGAUUGAGGAAAUUAAUUCUGCUCUAUCAGUGAGCUCAGAGAUAUCUGUAGCUGGUUGGGAGGUCUUAUAUUCUAAGGCUCUUGAUUCACCAAUCUAUGUGGAUGAAAGUGAGAAACUAGGACGCAAGCUGUCAGGUGUGAAGGUUUGGGUGGAUAGUGUAAGAAAUUGCAUCUCCGAGAAAUCUCCUGGUGCAGUUGAGGUAGAUUUAAUUUACAAGCUGGAGGCUGAGAUUUUAGAACUAAAACUUCAGCUUCCUGAGGCUGGAUUGCUUUCUGAUUUGACAAGGCAAGCUAAAUCUUGCUGGUCUCAAUGCAAUGAGAUGUUGAAAGAUUCCAUCAGCCUAAAGAAUGUUGAACUGUUUCUCAAAGAAUGGGAUGGUUUUACUGUUAAUAUUCAAGAGCUAAACCUUCUAAAACAAUACUAUAGUGAUGCCAUAUCAUGGGUAUCCCGUGUUAAUCAUGUUCUUGUGAAUGUUCAUGAAAGAGAGGAUCAAGAAAAUGUCGUUGAUGAGUUAACCCAAAUUCAUAGGGAUGGUUUAUCAAUGAAAAUUCAGGCUGAUGAGUUGCCUUGCGUUGAGAUUGAGCUUAAGAAAGCUUGUUGCCGGGUUAAAGCUUUAAAGGCACUUGACUGUGGAAUGUCAAUGGACUUCAUCCAGCAACUGAUAAUGGAGGCAAACGCACUACAGAUUGAAAAGGAGAAGCUAUUUGUUGAUAUAUCUAGAAGACAUGCAGUUGCCUUGCAGUGGGAAGAGAAAGCAAAGCAUGCUCUUGCUAGUAAAGCACAGAUGUCUGAAUUCGAGGAUAUUUUAAGGGUUUCUGAGGAUAUAUGUAUUAUUCUACCUUCUCUUAUCCAUGUCAAGGAUGCAGUGUCAACGGCCAAGGCUUGGUUAGACAAGUUGAAGCCAUUUCUGUCUCAUGAUUUACCCAUCAUAUCAGCCUCAAAUUCUCUCCUCAAAGUUGAGGCCUUAAAGAAUUUGGUGGCUGAGUCAAAGUUGCUGAAGGUAUAUUUGGAUGAAUGUUCAGUUGCUGAAGAAGUUUUAAAGAAGUGCAUUGAGUGGGAGCAAGAUGCCAGCUCUUUACUGCAGGAUGCAGAGAAUUUGUGGAAGAUUGAUAGUAUUGGUGAUGGGAAUACCAGCUGUCUUAUUCCCAGAUUUCAAAAAUGUCUUCUUUCACUAAAGCCCACCAUGGAAGCUGGUUUUUCUUUUGGUCUUGAGCUCAACAUGAUCCCAAAACUUCAAGAUGCUCGUUUCACUCUGCAGUGGUGCAUCAAGACCCUCUCAUUCUCUGCUGUUGUUCCUACCUGUGAGGAAGUUGAGAUGACAUUAGAGGAUGCUCCAAAACUUCCUGCAACCUUCAAGUCCUGUGCUUUAUGGGGCAAGUUGAUAGGUGGAAUACGUUGGCUUUGGAAGGCCCUUCAAGUUCUUGCUCCUCAUAAUUGUGGACAAUUUGAGCUGAUCAGUGCUGAAGAAGUAGUUCUUCUAUACGAGAAAAUCUGUGUUCCAUUCCCGAUUAUUGUUGAUCAACUUCAGAAUUCUAUUCACAAACAUAAUUUGUGGCUGGAGCAAGUGCAUCUAUUUUUUGGACUUGGAUCUGAAGACCGAUCAUGGAAUAUAUUGUUGCAGCUGAAGGAACAUGGAACUGCUGAGGCCUUCAGUUGUGUAGAACUGGAGAAGGUAUACUCUGAAGUUGAAAAAAUUCUACAGUGGAAACGAUGCUUUGAGGACAUAAUUAAGCCUUCAACUGGAAAUGGGAAUGCGCCGAUCAGUACUCUGCUAGAGAUAGAGAAAACUCUUGAUAGAUCAUUUGGCGUGUUCAAAAAAUCUAAGAAUAGCGAAGCAGGAACUUUAUGCAUAUGCUGCUGCAGUGAUAUCAAUGAUCAAGAGCUUUUGACUUGUUCUAUUUGCAAGGACUGCUUCCACUUGCAUUGCACAAAACUGCCGUUGGGAGAUGCUAGUGACACGACCUUAUUUAUUUGCUUGUACUGCAAUUUCGUGGAGAAUCCAAAACUUCCUCUCAAGGGAUCUGGUCUUCUGAGAAUCGGAUGGAAGCUUCCUGAAUUGGAUCGACUAGCUGCACUGCUCUCUGAUGCUGAUGGUCUUUGUUUAUGGAUUGAGGAAAGAAGGAUACUUCACCAAAUUGUUGAGAAAGUGCGUGCAUGCAAUGCUUGCCUAACAGAAUUAUUGGAUUUUGCUUUAUCUCAUCUUGAUAAAGAUCUCAGUGCAGUAAUUGAAAAAAUGAGCAUUGCUUACAAGGCAAUAGAACUAGCAGGAACUUGUGAUGGUAAGGGAUACCGAAAAUUUGAGUUGGCUUUAGCAAGAAAUUCAUGGAAAAUUAGAACUCAGAAAUUACUGGAAAGUGCUGAGAAGCCCACAAUUCAGCAGAUUCAACGGCUUCUUAAAGAGGGACUGGCCGUAAGCAUUCCUCCAGAAGAUUAUUAUAGACAGCAACUGUCGGCAUUGAGGGACAUUGGCUUGCUAUGGACAGAUAAAGCCAAGAAGGUCUCAAUGGAUGGUGGAGCACUUAGAUUGGAUAAAGUUUUUGAACUCAUUACUGAGGGUGAAAAUUUACCUGUCAACUGUGUGAAGGAACUGAAGUUACUGAGGGACCGAAGUAUGCUUUACUGCAUCUGUCGAAGACCUUAUGACCAGAGAGCAGUUCUUGCUUGUGAUAAAUGCAAUGAAUGGUAUCAUUUUGAUUGCAUGAAAAUCUCUUCAACACCAAAGAUUUACAUUUGUCCAGCGUGUAUUCUUGAACCUGGAGAGGAUAUGGAUGGAUUGGCGCCAGUAGCACAGCAGAGAUUUACUGGUGGUAAAUUUGAAGAACCUCAAACACCUUUAAGACGAACUGAAUUACGAAAGAAGUUGCAGAAGCGGGAGUCUGUUUCAAAGAAGACGCGAUUGGCCAUGGACGAGGACCGAGGUGAUGUGAUAAGAAAUCAUAGUGGCUGUGAAAGAUUGUUUUGGAGCAAUAGAAAGCCAUUCAGAAGAGCAGCUCGAAAACGUUCUGAAUUUCAGAGUCUGUCUCCAUUUCUUUAUGUACAAAAUAAUUGAUACUAUCGAGAUGUUUCUAUUAAUCAAUUUAUUGGACCAGACUUUUUAUA